AUGAAGCAAUUUGGCGGCAUCCCCCUUUUUGUAUUCUUCGUAAAUUUAUACAUUCAACAAAAUAAUGUUGUGAGCAACGAAAUUGUUAAUUUGAAAAAUCCCAAUUUGAGGAACGGCUGGGCAGCACAGGUGAAAACGCAAGGACAGGAAACCAAUGCAAACCAAAAGCAAAUUAAUAAAGCUAACGAAGCAAAAAAAGAUGCUCUAAAAGAAAAAGAAGAAACAGAAGCUGAAGUAGAAAAAAUAUUAGAUGCAACAAAAAAAGUAGAAAAUGCUGAAGAAGAAAUAAAAAAUGCAGUGGAAAAAUUAAAACAAGUAGCAGAAGAAGCAAAGAAAACAGCAAUGGAUAAAGCUAAAAAAGCAGCAGAAAAGGCAGAAGAAGCAGCAAAGGAAGGAAUAUCAUAUGGUAUGGCAACUUUCCACGCAAUUGUUGCUGAAAAGGCAAAAGAUGAUGCGAAGGCAGAAAAAGAAAAGGCUAAAAAGGCAGCCGAAAUAGCACAGCAUGUUGUAAAUGCAUAUGAAGCGAAAAAGAAGGCAGAGAAAGCACAAGAAGAAGCAGGGAAAGCACAAAAAUUAGCAGAAGCUGCAAAUAGUGAAAUUGUAAAAUUAUCAGACAUAUACAAAAAAGAAAAAAAGGAAAACGAAGCAGCACAAUCUGCAACUGAAGCAGCACAAUCUGCAAUCGAAGCAGCACAAUCAGCAACGGAAGCAAAACAAUCUGCAACCAAUGCGGCGCAAUCUGCAACCAAAGCGGCACAAUCUGCAACCAAAGUGGCACAAUCUGCAAUCGAGGCAGCACUUAAUGUAGCAAAAAAUGUAACGGAUGCAGCGAACAAACUAGAGCAAGAAAGCGUGGAAUUACCAAACAACAAUCAAAAAACGGACAUCGUAAAUAAUCUGAAUGCAGUUGUAACAGAAGCAGAAAAAGCAAAAACAGAAGCUGAAAAUGCACAAAAAUCAUCAGAAAAAGCUAAAACUAUAGCAGCAUACGUAUUAGCACAAAAGGCAUCAAUAGAAGCACAAUUGUUAAAAGAAGAGGCUCAAAAAAUAGCAGAAAAUAUAAAAAAUUCAAAUGUAACAACUGAAGAAAAGGCGAAAGCUGAAAAGGCAGCCAAUGACGCAGCAGAGCAGGCAAACGCAUCUGCAAAUAAGACAAAUGAAGCAAAAACUGCCGUAACAAAUGCAAAAAAGGAAGGAACAUUAGAAGAGAAAAAACAAGAAUCUGCUAAAGCAGUAAACGCCGCAAAAGAAGCUAUGAAAGCAAGGGACAAAGCAGCCUUUGAAUUAUUGAAGAUAAAAAAACAGGAUGUUCUAGAACCAGUGGAUAUAUCCUCCGAUGGAAAUGAUAAUCUAAACGAUGUGGAUGAACAGGUAGCUUUAGAAGUCGGAGAACAGGAGAAGGAAGCGGAAGAUGAGUUAUCCGAUGAUGUUGAAGAAGGGGCCGAAGAAGGAGACGAAGAAAUAGACGAAGAAGACUUGGAAGCUGAAGAAGAGACGGAGGAAGAGGAGAUACAAGAGGAGGUUGAAAAUAAGGAAGAAGCACCUACAGAACAGGCAGCUCAACAAGAAAAGCCCAAAACAGAAGAAGUGUUAAAUGACGAGGAGGCCCAUAAUUUACUUGCAAAGGAACAUAACAAGGAUAAUAAUGUCGUUACGGAAGAUGCAAAACUUUUCCAAACAAUCAUUAAAGAUGUCGAAGAUGAUGAUGAUUUUAAAAAUCUACAAAAAGAUGUGAAUAUACUUCUUAAAAUUAAAUAA